CAGACGGCCCUUUGCCGGAUUGGUCCGUACACUUGGCGCGAGAGGUUUCCCUCAAAGUUUUGAAUUUUCAAACUGGUUUCUUGAUUCUCCAUCGACCUGCAAGCUGCUGUGGUUCGGAGUUAGCACCGAGUCGGUGAAACAAGUAUUUUAAUAAGCGUUUGUCGGUAAAAACAGGAAGAAUGGCGGACCCACUGAAGCAAACCUUUGCUGACAACAAGCCAUUGGAAAAGACAAAGAAAGAUCCCAAGAGGAUGUCGGUGGAGAGGAUCUAUCAGAAGAAGACGCAGCUGGAGCACAUCCUGCUCCGGCCGGACUCCUACAUAGGCUCAGUGGAGCCUGUGACCCAACAAAUGUGGGUGUAUGAUGAGGGUGUUGGAAUGAACUGCCGUGAUGUCGUGUUUGUUCCUGGUCUUUACAAGAUUUUUGACGAGAUCCUUGUUAAUGCAGCUGACAAUAAGCAGCGGGACAAGAGCAUGUCCAGCAUCAAAGUCAAUAUUGACGUUGAAAACAACACCAUCAGUGUGUGGAAUAAUGGGAAGGGUAUUCCUGUGGUGCAGCACAAGGUGGAGAAGGUCUUUGUGCCUGCUCUCAUCUUCGGACAGCUCCUCACCUCCAGUAACUAUGAUGACGACGAGAAGAAAGUCACUGGUGGACGUAAUGGAUAUGGUGCAAAGCUUUGCAAUAUCUUCAGCACAAAGUUCACUGUGGAGACUUCCUGUAAACAGUCAAAGAAAUAUUUCAAGCAGACUUGGUACGACAACAUGGGCAGGACAGUAGAUGCUAAGAUCACAGCCUUUGAAGGAGAGGAAUACACAUGCAUCACCUUCAAGCCAGAUCUACCCAAGUUCAAGAUGAGCAGCUUGGACAAAGAUACGGUUGCACUGAUGACCAGGAGGGCCUACGACAUUGCUGGAGCCGCUAAGGGUGUCCGUGUGUUCUUCAAUGGCAAGAAGCUGCCAGUUACGGGCUUCCGAAGCUACGUGGACAUGUAUGUGAAGGACAAGGUGGAUGAGCUUGGUGAGCCCCUCGUCAUCAUCCACGAGGCUGUGGAUGAGCGCUGGGAGGUCUGCCUCACCAUGAGCGAGAAAGGUUUCCAGCAAGUCAGCUUUGUCAACAGUAUUGCCACGACCAAGGGAGGGAGGCACGUCGACUAUGUGGCUGACCAGGUGGUCAAGAAGCUUAUUGAAGUGGUGAAGAAAAAGAACAAAGCUGGGGUGGCCGUCAAGCCUUUUCAGGUGAAGAACCACAUGUGGCUGUUUGUCAACUGCCUGAUUGAGAACCCCACCUUUGACUCUCAGACCAAAGAAAACAUGACACUGCAGCAGAAGAGCUUUGGAUCCAACUGUAGUCUCAGUGACAAGUUCAUCAAACAGGCCACAUCCUGUGGGAUUGUGGAAAGUAUAAUGAACUGGGUGAAGUUCAAAGCUCUAUCGCAGCUCAAUAAGAAAUGCUCAGCUGUCAAGCACACCAAAAUCAAAGGGGUACCAAAACUAGAUGAUGCUAAUGAAGCAGGUGGGAAGAACUCCAUUGGCUGCACUCUGAUCCUUACUGAGGGAGACUCAGCCAAAACACUGGCUGUGUCUGGGCUUGGAGUUAUCGGCAGGGACCGCUAUGGCGUCUUUCCACUGAGGGGAAAAAUGCUUAAUGUCCGGGAGGCCACUCACAAACAGAUUAUGGAGAACGCCGAGAUAAACAGCAUCAUUAAGAUCAUCGGUCUUCAGUACAAGAAGAACUACAGCGACCCAGAAUCCCUCAAGACUCUGCGUUAUGGCAAGAUCAUGAUCAUGACAGACCAGGAUCAAGAUGGCUCCCACAUUAAGGGCUUGCUGAUCAACUUCAUCCACCAUAACUGGCCGUCUUUGCUGCGCCAUAACUUCCUGGAAGAGUUCAUCACCCCCAUCAUCAAGGUGACUUUCAAGAAAAGUCAGCAGGCUUUCUACAGUAUCCCUGAGUUCAAGGAGUGGAAGGAUGGUCAGGCCAACCACAAAUCUUGGAGAAUAAAAUACUACAAAGGUUUGGGAACCAGCACAUCGCAGGAAGCCAAGGAGUACUUCUGUGAUAUGAAGAGACACCGUAUCCCAUUCAAGUAUGCUGGUCCUGAAGACGAUGAAGCCAUCACCCUUGCCUUUAGCAAAAAGAAAAUAGAUGAGCGGAAAGAGUGGCUGACAAAUUUCAUGAACAACAGGCGCCAGCGCAGAGAGCACAACCUGCCCGAGGACUACCUGUACGGUCAGACCACAAAGUCCCUCUCCUAUAACCAAUUUAUCAACAAGGAGCUGGUACAUUUCUCCAACUCUGACAACGAGAGGUCACUUCCCUGCCUGGUGGAUGGUCUAAAGCCUGGCCAGAGGAAGGUGUUGUUCUCUUGCUUCAAGAGAAACGACAAGCGUGAAGUCAAGGUGGCCCAGUUGGCUGGCUCAGUUGCUGAGAUGUCGGCAUACCACCAUGGAGAGAUCUCUCUGAUGAUGACCAUUGUUGGUUUGGCCCAGAACUUUGUAGGAAGCAACAACUUGAACCUGUUGCAGCCUCAGGGUCAGUUUGGAACCAGGUUGCACGGUGGCAAGGACUCUGCCAGCCCUCGUUACAUCUUCACCAUGCUCAGCCCUCUGGCCCGCCUUGUUUUCCCAGCUGUGGACGACAACCUGCUCAAGCACAACUUUGAUGACAACCAGCGCGUAGAGCCAGAGUGGUACAUACCCAUCAUCCCCACUGUGCUGGUGAAUGGAGCCGAAGGUAUCGGCACAGGUUGGGCCAGCAGGAUCCCGAACUUCAACAUAAGAGAGAUCGUCGCCAACAUCCACCGAAUGCUCAACGGCGAGGAGCCGCUGCCCAUGCUUCCAAACUACAAAGGCUUCAAGGGCACAAUUGAGCAGUUGGCGGAAAACCAUUACAUGAACACUGGCGAGGUCGCCAUCAUUGAUUCCACCACCAUCGAGAUAUCUGAAUUGCCUGUCAAAACUUGGACCCAGACCUACAAGGAGAACGUUCUGGAGCCAAUGUUGAAUGGCACAGAGAAGGUUCCUCCUCUGAUCACCGACUACAAGGAGUACCACACCGACACCACUGUGCGCUUUCUGGUCAAGAUGGCAGAAGAGAAGCUGAUUGAGGCGGAAGCUGCCGGCCUCCAUAAAGUCUUCAAACUGCAGAGUCCCCUCACCUGCAAUUCUAUGGUUCUGUUUGACCAUGUUGGCAGCCUGAAGAAGUACGAGUCUGUGCAGGAUAUUCUCAAGGACUUCUUUGAGUUGAGGAUGAAGUACUAUUUGUUGAGAAAGGACUGGUUGGUCGGCAUGCUGGGGGCAGAGAGCUCCAGACUCACCAAUCAGGCCCGCUUCAUCCUGGAGAAAAUUGAGGGCCUCCUGGUCAUUGAGAACAAGCCAAAGAAGGAACUGAUCCGCAUGCUGCAGCAGAUGGGCUACGACUCAGACCCAGUCAAGGCUUGGAAACAGGCUCAAGAGAAGAAUGAGGAGCACCUGGAGGAGGAGGAGGGGGGGGAGGAGGAAGGAGGAGAAGAAGAGAAGGAAGACCCCAGUGCGCCGGAUUACAACUACCUACUCAGCAUGCCCAUGUGGUUCCUGAGCAAAGAGAAGAAAGAGGAGCUGUGCAAACAGAGGGAUGCUAAGAUAACAGAGCUGAACACCCUGAAGAAGAAGUCACCAUCAGACUUGUGGAGGGAAGACCUUGCUGCUUUCUCUGAGGAACUAGUGCGCGUUGAGGCCAAAGAAAAGGAGGGUAACGCCAUGCCAACCACAAAGGGGACUGGAAAAGGCAAAGUCGUGAAGGUGAAGCAGGAGACUCUGCCCACUCCCCAGGGCCGCCGAGUCAUCCCACGGGUCACCAGUAUCAUGAAAGCUGAGGCCAGCAGGAAAGCAGAAGGCAAGAGGGGCAAGAAGAUCAAGGGUGAAGAUGUUGUGGUGAAGAUGGAGUUUGGCGAAGAUGCAGAGAACGCAGAGCCAGAGGAGGAGCCUAGCUUGGCCGCACGACUUGGCAAGAAAACUAAAACUCAGCCAAAAGUUAAAGCCGCAUCAAAGCUAGGCAACCAGACCACCAUUCAGUUCAAGCCUGCUGCCAAGAAGCCCAAGAAGGACCCGUGGUCAGGGGACGAGUCUCAAGAUCUGUCCAGCGGGGACAUGGAGACAGAGGAGGAGGUGGUGGCCAGGGAACGCGUCGAGCGUAGAACUAAAGCUGCAGUAAAGUACAGCGUCUCUGACAGUGAAGAUGACUUCGAUGACUGGGGGAAGAAGGAUGCUCCAAAAAGAAAAGCGGUUGUCAGUGAUGACGAAUCCAGCUUCACCCCAGACAACAGCAUCGUGGUCGACAGUGAAAUGGACUCUCCAGCGCCACCACCCAAAGUCCCAGAACCUGCGAAGAAAGUGACAAAGCCCAAAUCAACUGUGAAAAAGGCUGAGACCAAGUCGAGCUCUCAGUCCGAUGAUCAGGUGCCUGCGUCCAAGGCUCCAGUUCAACGCAAAACCAAAGAGGCUGCGCCCAAGAAAGCUGCAGCUGCCAAGAAAGCUGCAGCUGCCAAGAAACCAGCUGCUCCCAAGAAGAAGGCUGCAGAUGCGAAGCAGCCGUCGAUCCUGGAGGCUCUCUCUAAGACCAAACCUUCCUCCAAAACUGCCUCCAAGCCCUUCUCUUCGUUUGACUCCAGUGAUUCAGAAGCUGAUGUUAAAGCUACAAAGGCGAAGGUGGCUCUCAAGCGGAAACAAGUCGUCAGUGACGACUCCGACAGCGGCUCCGACAACCUCAUGUCCCGCCUCAAGGCCAAAAUGGCCGCAAGCACCAAGAAAACGAAGAAAUGGGAAGAGGACGACAGCUUCCAGGUUUCAGAUCAGGAGGCAGCAGAACCUACCAAAGCCCCAGCAGUGAAGGAGAAGCCCUCACGUGCCCGCAAACCUGUCGCCUACGUCCUGGACUCCGACUCCGACUCAGAUGAAGACUUUUAAAUUUUGCCUCCAAGUUAAACUCGUUUUUUUUAUUCAAGAUUAAGUUCUUUAGUAACUUUAACACGUAUGUUGUGCCAUGUGUUUAAAACGGCUUCACUUUAAUAACUUGGGGUAUGGUGGCUACGCACCCAGAGCCUGAAUACGUCCUGUAGAGGCUCAAGUUUCUGGUCUGUUGCACAGCAAAGAAAACGAGUUUUAAAACAUAUUUGUUUGUGUUGUUUGUUGACCUGUUUCUGUGUGUUGGUCACGCUUUAAGCCUGAAAAUGUAUUACUUGAAAGUUCCUCUGUUUGCAAUCCCAUGAUGUUUUGUCCUGUAAAUAUUUCAAUGGCUGUUUGUUUUUAUACAUAGAAAAAAAUAAAGCUAACGUGUUUGUACUGA